CUCUUUUUUUGCCCGUUUCUCAUACAAAGAUUCAAUGGCUGGAGACGGACCGCUUGCCUUCCUCGCCACAGUGCCCGCCGAGCGUCUCGACGUGGUCAUUCACGCUGCGAUCGACAGCAUCAACGGCGAUGCACCGCUGGCGUCGCGGUUUGCAGACAUCUGGCCCAGCCAAGACAAGGCGCUGCACGCGCUGGCCGAGCUCACGAGCGUCUUCCGUAAGGCGGGAGCCUCCAGCCAGAGCAAACAAGAGUUUGCUGAAUCGCUCGCUGCGAUCGGCACCCCGUCGAACGCCAGCACUGCGUUGGUGGAGGCAUUCGACACGCGGGCGGCAGACAUUCGUGCGGCGCUUGUGAGCAGUUCGAGCAGCAUUUCCCUGGCGCAGCUGGUGGACUUUGAUUGGAAGGCAUCGAUCGUCAUGUCGAGCGACAAACUCGCCAGUAUUCGUCAGCCGGUGCUUGUGCUCAAUCUUCGUCUUCGCAAUCCCGAUGGCACGCUGCGCGAAGUAGUCUUUGAAACGUCCAAGGAAGGACUACAAUCGCUGCUCACCUCGCUUGAUGCUGCCAACAAGGCCAAGCUGACCUUGUCCUCCUAACUUUUCUCGGGUGGCUCGUCUCGAGCUUUGAUAAGUUGCCAGUAGUGUGAUUGGAUGUUGUGGUUUUGUGCUUGUUCCUGUCCCUUGCUAUGUACAUGUUCAUUAUUUGAUGGUGGUUUGUUGUUUUUUUUUCAUACGUCGUUUGUUGCUCUCGAAAUAUUGCGGUACCCCCCUA